CGGGCUCAUAAAAUCACCGGCGGCGGUGGCGGGUGCUGGCGGGGGAAAAUCCCUAAAAGAGAAGUGGGACGCAUAGUGUGGCGAGCAAGCCUUGUUGUCUUCAAAGAAUGGCCAACGGCUCGUCCUUUUUGUUUUCGGGCAUUAGCUUCGAUAGAAAAAGGUUCGGCAGCGAUAUUGCCAAGUUCGAGAAAAAAGAAAAAGAUCAUUCCGUGAAGGUUUCGAGCUCGGUUGAAAUUGAGAAAGCAGAAUCAGUUGAUGGAAAGGCGCCUGCGAAGAAGAGGAAGCGGAAGGGAGUGGUUUCAGAAACAGUUGAGGGAUUCAAUGUCUUUAAGAAGUCCAAAUCAGCGGUACUUCAACCUAAAGAUGAAGAUAAAGUUGUGGUUGAGUCCAUUCAGCAGACAAAAGAGCAAAAUAAGCAACUCGAGCGGGAUGCUCUAUUCAGGAAGAGGCACAACAUUCAUGUGUCUGGGUACAAUGUCCCGUCCCCGCUUCAAAAUUUUGAGGACUUGAGCUCAAGAUAUAAAUGUGAACCAUAUAUGUUACGCAAUCUGGCAAAACUCGGAUUCAUAGAACCCACACCAAUUCAAAGACAAGCUAUUCCUGUUCUCUUACAUGAUCGUGAAUGCUUUGCCUGUGCCCCAACUGGCUCUGGAAAAACCUUGGCAUUUGUUUGUCCUAUGCUUAUAAAGCUCAAGGAUCCUUCAAAAAAUGGCAUUCGAGCUGUUAUCCUUUGUCCCACUCGUGAAUUAUCUUCUCAAACUUACAGAGAGUGCAAAAAGCUGGCUAAAGGAAAAAAGUUCCGUAUCAAGUUAAUGACGAAAGAGCUAGCAAGAAAUGGUGAUUUUACUAGAUUUUCAUGUGAUAUACUUAUAUCCACACCACUUCGGUUACACUUGGCUAUCCGGAGGAAAAAGAUUGACCUCAGCCGAGUUGAGUAUCUUGUCCUGGAUGAAUCUGAUAAGCUUUUUGAGCUGGGGUUAUUCGAGCAGAUUGAUUCUGUUAUCCAAGCAUGUUCAAACCCCUCAAUAAUACGCUCACUUUUCAGUGCCACUUUGCCUGAUUCUGUUGAGGAUCGUGCUCGGGAGCUUAUGCAUGAUGCCAUUAGAGUUAUUGUUGGCAGAAAGAAUAUGGCUUCUGAAACAAUAAAGCAAAAAUUAGUUUUUACUGGAAAUGAGGAGGGAAAACUUAUGGCAAUUCGCCAAAGCUUUGCAGAGAGUUUAAAUCCCCCAGUAUUGGUCUUCGUCCAAAGCAAGGAGCGAGCAAAAGAACUCUAUGGUGAACUACAAUUUGACAACCUCAGAGUUGGUGUUAUCCAUUCUGAUUUGUCUCAAAAGGAGCGAGAAGAUGCUGUGGAUAAUUUCAGAGCGGGAAAAACAUGGGUUUUGAUUGCUACUGAUGUAGUUGCUAGAGGCAUGGAUUUCAAAGCUGUGAAAUGUGUGAUCAACUACGAUUUUCCAGAUUCUGCUGCUGCUUACAUCCAUAGGAUAGGUCGUUCUGGGAGAGCAGGGAGGGCUGGAGAAGCCAUAACAUUUUAUUCGGAGGAAGACAUGCCCUUGCUGCGUAAUAUAGCCAAUCUGAUGGCAACAUCAGGCUGUGAAGUUCCAACUUUUCUCCUGGAGCUGCCCAAAAAGAAGUGGAAGAAACACCGUCCCAAAAGAGAUUCUAUCUCUACCAAACCCAAAGUAUAAUACACCCUACUGUUUCAUCUGAUGUUUCGCUUUGACAUCUACGAGACAGUUGAUGUUAAAAAUGUAGGAUGAAAAGAAGCGGAGCCUACGAAGGGGCGAGAUGUAAUUGACUCUGAGUAAUAGUGAUCAGUUUUGUCUUGGAGGAAUUAUGUUAGGCUUUUUUUUUUUUUUUAAUCAGUGGAAUUAUGUUAGGCGUUAAUUUAAAAGAAGUGGCAAGCUUUUUUUCCCCCUUUUUUAAUUUUUGGGAAGCCACAACUCCGAUGUGCCGCGUUGUACGGUGAUACAAACAGCUGGAUAUUUUUCCCCUCUACAUUACCUGAUUAACACUAAAUAUUUUGAGAUCCCAUGGGUGGCAGGUCCCUAGCUCUCUGCAGAUGAUCUUGUAUGAACGUUAUUUAUGAAAGCGAAUCUCAAUUGUGAAUUUAAA